AGUCAUGUAGAGUUUCUGCACCGUUUGUUUACAAACUCCUGAACUUUUUUUCUUGACAGGGAUUUUUCUGACGCUACGUCAACAGAGGUGGAAUGCGCGCGUGCCAAUAGAUGUUAAUAAGCAACGAUAGACGCGCUGUUCAGAAGAGAGCUGCGUGAGUUUACUCUGUAACACACUUGUUGUUUUAUCUCAUCACAAGUUGACAGUUUUGAUGUUGCUAUUUGGAUUGGGCCAGGCUAAUAGCAGAGAUGGUUAUUAUUGUCUUCGCGCCUCAACCUUUUUUUGCCGAAGGAUGGUAACUAAUUCUUAAUGACGCGACGUUGCAUUUUAGACGUUUUCAUACUAUACUGUACUCUAUUUUUGGGAGAUAGGAUGCUAGUUCGUGGAUUUGCCGACAAACUAGGGACAUAUCAAUGGGUCAAAUUCAGGAUUUGAGCCGUAAGUGUAUAUAGGAUGCUUUCAAAGCAAAAGCACGUCACCUGGUUCCAUGUUAUCCUCUUUACGACUCUCAUACCUCUGCAAAGAAGGGUGAAUGGGAACCCUUUAGUAAUGGAUCCCAAUAGCAUCUGCCGUAAAACUAGGAUGUUGGCUGGCAGACACACUGACCUGUGCCAGUCUCAGCCUGAGAUCAUUCAAGAAGUGGCAAAAGGUGCCCGGCUGGGCAUACGAGAAUGCCAACAUCAGUUCCAUAACCAUCGUUGGAACUGCACCAGUCAGGGCAGAAACCUGGCCAAGAUCCUGCAACAAGAUAUCCGGGAAACUGCAUUUGUGUAUGCCGUCACAGCUGCCGGGGUGAUGCAUGCAGUGACACAGGCCUGCAGCCAGGGAGCGCUGCCUCAGUGUGGCUGUGUGACCCUUCAGAGCUCCUCAGAAACGUACCGCGUCUCCCCAGCAGAGGAAGUGCUCAUCCAGGCCUCAUCUCUCCAUGAUUGGCACUGGGAGUGGGGCGGCUGUGGAGACGAUGUAGACUUUGGUUAUGAAAAGUCUCGUCAGUUCAUGGACAUCAGGCAGCGAAAGGGCAAGAGCGACAUCAGGAGCCUUAUUGACCUGCACAACAACGAGGCAGGAAGAGUGGCCAUCCAGAUACAGAUGAGGACGGAGUGUAAAUGCCACGGUCUUUCUGGGUCCUGCACUCUCCGCAGCUGCUGGAAGAAGAUGCCGCUCUUCCGUCAGGUUGGUGAUCAGCUCAUGCAGAGCUUCCACACAGCCGUCCGCGUGAUGGGUGGCAAUGAUGGGAAAUCGCUGGUGUCCAUCGAUCCGGAUGCUCCCCCCCUCGAUGCCAAUGUCCUGAUCUAUUCUGCAGAGUCACCUGACUUCUGCAAAGCCAAUCACAGGAGCGGCACAGAGGGCACAGGGGGUCGUGCGUGUAACAGGACAGAGACGGGGCCGGGCGGCUGUGACAGUCUGUGCUGUGGGAAUGGGUUCGCGGAUUUUACAGUGGAAGAGGAGGAAAACUGUGAGUGUCGCUUUCACUGGUGCUGCGAGGUUCAGUGCCAGACAUGCUCUCAGAGGAAGAAUGUCAGCCUCUGCUUGUAAAAGAGUGUAGUGGCUGUAAUAGGACAGUAUGAUUUUUGUUUUUGUGAAUCCACCAGAGGCCGCUGUGUUCGCUUUUUAAGAUCUCAAAUUUCUCUGGCAAGUGUCAUUCAUGCCUGCUGUUCUCACGUAAAUCCACCAGAGGCCGCUGUUGACUGACUGACCAAUCGGCCGACCCCCCUCGUUCUUCUCUAAACUGAUUUUUACCACGUUUUCAGAUUUUACCACAUUCUCACCCUUUUAUUUACUUGUUUAUUUUAUUUUUGGCU